AUAGUCUAAAACAAACCCUAGCCAUCUCUUUCUCUCUCCGUGGUAAAAAAUAUAUAAAAAUAAAAAAGUUAAAUUUGAAAAAUAAUUCGGCAAUUGAUCUUCAAUUAGGGUUUCGAAUCAGAGGUCUGGUUUUGGGCGUAUCGAAUUCCCUGGUUGUUACACUCAAAUUGAGGCUGAAUCUUUUCUGAUCUUCAUUAUUUCGAUAUUAUCCAUGAAAGAUCUGGAAGUGGGUUUAAGUCGUGUGAGAUGGGAUAGAUGAAUUGGGGAUUUCGGUGUGGGUCGUUCAAAUUGAGGGAUUGUUGAUGGAGAUUAGUGUAGGAAACUCAGGAGGCAGUAAAACAAGGUCUUUAGAUCUCAAAACACUUUAUAAAUCGGAGGUGAGUAAUAAGGAAAAGAGUAGUUGGCUGGGAAAUGGUGAGGAAGCCGAGACCAAGAAAAGAAAGAACAGGAAAGAGGUGGCUAUUAGUAGCUUUGAGGAUCUGACAGAGAGGAAAAAGAUUAGGCCUAGCAUAAAUGAUAUUGAAAUUGAUGGGGCUGACUCUUGUUCAGCUCAGCCAUCAGGGGUUGGUCAGAAGAUAAAUGGUGGCAGUGGUUUUAAUGCCAUUGGUAUCAAUAUUGGUGGUGAUGGCCAUGGUCUACUUAUUCCUAAGCGACCACGGGGAUCAGUUGGACGGAGUAAGUUUGCUAAGAAUCAUCUUCUUAAGCCAUCUGCAGCAUCUGGUUCUGUUGAAAAAGUUGCCAAGUUAAAGGAUGAGCUGAAGAAACUUAUGCACAAUGAAACUUCUGGCAGGGGUGAGCCUGUGGACAGUAACUCUUCGGCAGAACAGAAUGUUAAGUUAAAUGGAAAGUUUGGGAUUAAAGCUAGAAGAAAGCAGAAGGGAGUGCUUGGUCACAAAGGUAGUGAAAAGCAGGAGCUGGCAGCAGUUACUUCAUCUCAGUGUGCAAAGAGCGACGGUGGAGAUUUGGUUAAGCCAACUGGUUCAUCGGGUUCCAAAGAUCAAGUUGCCAAGUUAAAAUACGAGAUCAAGGAAUUUCCACAAAACAAAGUUCCUGGUGCAGAUGCACACCUAAGCUGCAGUUCAUUGGGUUCCGAAGAUCAAGUUGACAAGUUGAAAUAUGAGAUCAAGGAAAUUCCACAGAGCAUAUUUCCUGGUGCAGAUGCACCCCUAAGCAGUAAUUCUACUUCUUCUGACCAGAUGGGCAAGUUAAAUGAAAAUUCCAAGGGUAAACUUAGAAACAAUGUUAAGAAAAAGGGAAUAGAUGAUUUGGAUGGAAAUCAAAAGCAAAAGGAGGAUUUGGCAGUAGCUGGUUCAUCACAGCUUGUGAUGGGGGAUGGUAAUGAUAUGGUUGUAAAUAAUAAAGAUUCAUCUUCUAAAAGAAACAAUAGCAAUCGUAGGAAAAGAAAGAUGUUGGGAUCAGGUGGUGAGACUGUUUCGAAGAAAGUCGAGUCAUCUAUUGAGAAAAAAGUAGGUACAUGUGACCUUGAUCCUGAUGAUGAUCUUGAGCAGAAUGCUGCAAGGAUGCUGUCAUCUCGUUUUGAUCCUAGUUGUACUGGAUUUGCAUCAAGAAAUAGAACUUCGGCUUUAUUGUCUCCAAAUGGGGUGUCUCUUUUGGAAAAACCUACUGCUAAUGUUGUCAGUGAAGGGUCAAUGGCUGUUUCCGAUCCUGCUUCUGCUGAUACUGCAGACAGAGUGUUACGCCCUAGGAGACAGCAGAAAGGGAAGGGCACAUCUAGAAAGAGGCGCCAUUUCUAUGAAAUACAUUCUGAUGACAUGGAUGCUCACUGGUUCCUGAACAGGAGGAUUAAGAUCUUCUGGCCUCUGGACGAAAGUUGGUACUAUGGUCUGGUAAAUGAUUAUGAUGCAGAAAAGAAUCUUCAUCAUAUAAAGUACGAUGACCGGGAUGAAGAAUGGAUUAGCCUUGAAAAUGAAAGAUUCAAGUUAUUGCUUCUUCCUAGUGAAGUUCCACAUAAGACAAGCCAUAAAGAUGCUGCAUCAGUACAUACCAACAAGGAAGGUAUCAACGAAGACAAGGGAAGCAGAGCCUUUCACAUGAAUGAUGAGACUUUUAUGGCUAGCCAUAUGGAAUCAGAACCAAUCAUUUCAUGGUUGGCUCGUUCUUCACAUCGCGUCAAAUCAUCUCCUUCCACUUCUUUGAAAAAGCAGAAACUAUCUCAUUUUCCCUCUGAACCCCUGCUACUGUCCGACAAUUCCAUAGAUGUGUAUAAUAAUGGAAACAUGGAUCUGUUGGAAAGAGAAACUGAUAAGCCGAACUGCAGCGCUUCCUUUCUGAAUAUAUCAGUUGAUAGCAGAAAGAAUGAGGAGUCUGUGCCAGAAAAUACUAAUAGCAGUGAAGGACAUCUACCCAUUGUUUAUGUCAGGAGGCGAUACCGCAGGUUUAGUGAUGCAGCACGUGUACUGUUUGUAAACAAUAAUGGAUGCGUAGACCCUUCUGGACCUACUGCUUCUCUUUCUCGAGUGUUUCAGUCUUCAGCUGAAGGCAGUAUUUUUCUUCCAUGCUUAGGCCCUGGGGAGCUACAUUGGUCAUUGAAUAGUGCAGGUGUGUUGAAGUUAAAUACAACAUUCUUAGAAUCUAAGAAGUUCAAGAUAUGCAUAUCACUGUGGCCUAUGCUGACAUACAUACUUGGGGUGGAUAUAUUAUGGCUGAUUCACAGUGUAUUGCUGCUUCAGUAUGGCACCAUGGUUACCAUGUGGCCUACUGUGGUCUUAGAGGUGCUGUUUGUGGAUAAUAUUGUUGGAUUGAGGCUCUUUAUCUUUGAAGGUUGCUUAAAGCAAGCUGUAGCCUUUGUUUUCCUAGUCAUGGAAGUGUUUUGUGAACCUGAGAAAGAUGAGUCUUUCGGCCAGCAAAUUCCAGUGACGUCAAUAAGAUUCAAACUUUCUUUCUUUCAGAAACUUAUAAAGCAGAAGGUUUUCACAUAUUAUAGUUUCUCAAAAGUAAGAGAUUCGAAUUGGCAGUACCUUGAUUCCGAGUUCCAGCCACAUUGUUUACUCACAAAACAGCUGUCUCUACCUGAGUGCACAUAUGACAACAUUAAGCUACUUGAAGCAAUGCAGCCCUCACAGUUACGCUAUGCUGGUCGAACUACUUACUUUGAGGUUCUCCGUAAGAAGUCAAAUUGUGGUGCUGUUCUAUCGUUCAAUACGUCUAGAUCAUCCUACCCUGCAUCUGGGAGUCGGCCUUCAACAAUUUACAGUUUGAAGCACGGAAAUCUUCCUCCAUUUGCUCUCUCAUUUACUGCUGCCCCAAAUUUCUUCCUUAGCUUACAUCUGAAGCUUCUGUUGGAACGUAGUAUCACCUCCGUCAGCCUUCAAGACCAUGAUUCUGUUCGUUCCCUUAAUUAUCCACGAGAUACAUUCCAUCCAUGUGCAGAUGAUUGUAGUCAAGGUGAGGAUCAGUUUGAGAUUUUUUCAGAAAACUCUUCUAAGAGUCAUGAGGAAAUGUCUUCUCUUGAUGCUGCUGGUUCUGGGGUGGUUUGUACCAGCUCUCGUCUUUGUAAGGAUGCUGCGGUAAUAAGCAUUGAUGGAGGUCUGAGGAAGUCAUCACAACUUGUUCCUGAUGCAAAGUUAAAUGUUAAUAGAACUUCUAUCUCUUCCAAAGAUGCUGAAACCGUUCCAGUUGAGAUCGGAAAUUCAGAUAAAUACGAAGCCAAUGUGAAAGAUCAAGCUGUGUCAGGUGCCAUGUGCUCAUCUUACUUGAAAGGUAUUAGUGUUGAAGUUCCUACAUCUGAUGUAGUUUAUAGGGAUUGUCGGAAAACACCUGGUGCCCAACAGGUGUCUGAUCUGACUUGGAAUUUAAGUGAUGGCAUCAUCUGCAGUCCCAAUCCUACAGGCCCUAGAAGUUUGUGGCAUCGAAAUAAAUCUGGCUCAAUCUCUUCAUCUUUUGGAGAUCCAUUGCAUGCAUGGCCUGAGGGAAGGGCAGAUUUUAUUGGCAAUGGCUUUGGUAAUGGGCCUAAGAAACCAAGAACUCAGGUCCAGUACACAUUGCCUUCUCGAGAGUUCAAUUUUAAAAAUAAAGGCCAUAAUCAAAUUGGUCUUCCUUACCAGAGAAUUAGGAAAGCAAAUGAUAAGAGGACAUCAGAUUCUUCUAAAGGUCCACGGAGAAACCUUGAGUUGGUGGCUUGUGAUGCGAAUAUCUUGAUCAAUGGUGGGGACAAAGGGUGGAGGGAAUGUGGUGCCCGGGUUUUCUUGGAAGUUGCUGAUCAGAAUGAGUGGAAACUUGCAGUGAAAUGCAAUGGGGAGUUGAGAUACUCAUAUAAAGUUCAUCAGGAUUUACAGCCUGGGUCAACAAACCGCUACACCCAUGCUAUGAUGUGGAAAGGAGGGAAGGACUGGGCACUCGAGUUCCCAGACAGGAGUCAAUGGUUCCUUUUCAAGGAGAUGCAUGAAGAGUGCCAUAAUAGGAACAUACGGGCAGCAUCAAUAAAAAACAUCCCUAUUCCUGGUGUUCGCCUGAUUGAGGACUCGGUUGAGGACCAAGAAGAGAUGCCUUUCAUCCGCAGUCCCUGGUACUUUCGGCAGGUGAGAAAUGAUGUUGAAAUGGCUAUGGAUGGAUCGCAUGUCAUAUAUGACAUGGACACUGAAGAUGAAGAAUGGAUUUCCAGGAGCAGGGCAUCUUGUCAGAUGCAGGGGGGUGAAGACAAUAUGAUCUCUCAUGAGCUUUUCGAGAAGGUCAUGGAUAUGUUGGAGAAGGUUUCCUAUGCUCAGAAGCGUGAUCAAUUUACUUCUGGAGAAAUCGAUGAGCUGAUUGCCAGAGUAAGUCCCAUGCAAGUGGCAAAAUCAAUUUAUGAGCAUUGGCGGGAAAAGAGGCUACGGAAGGGCAUGCCACUAAUCAGACAACUCCAGAGUUUCAGAUUUGGACAUAGGCACAUUUGAUUCUGUAAGAAGGAGGUGUGGUUAAUCAAUGACUCUGUGGCACCAUCCACAGCAGGUGGAAUUUUAGAACUUAGCAUGGAAAUUUAUGUUUGCAACUUCCAGUACUUGAUUAACAGAAAUUUUUGGGAAUAUAAAUAGGAAACGCUAUCAUGAACAUAAAUGUGAAGGGACCGAAGGAUACCAUGAUUCCAGGGUUUCAAAUGCUUACUGCUGUAUCGCUAUAUUAGGAGGUUUCAGGAGGGGCAAAGCGCUAUUUAAUGUUUAGAUGUGUCUCUUUAGAGACUUGGGAGAUAAAUUUAGUACAAGGAGCAACCAGGGGAGGACCUAUUAGGAGGUGAGCGGGCUCCCGUGCACUCACACAAUCGAUUAUUGCAAGAAAAAAUUUUAGUCGUUUGAUAGGUGCACCCGCUUGAUUUUCAGGGGUGGGAUGGUUGGAUUACCACUUUAUAUACAAGAGGUCACGAGCUCGAAUCUUUCAGGUGAAAGUUUACUUUUUUAUAUACAAGAGGUCACGAGUUCGAAUCUUUCAGGUGAAAGUUUACUUUUUUAUCUUUUAAUUUUAGGCUCCAAGGCUAGCCCAGAGCAUUUCAGCCCCUACAGUGCUAUUUCUGAAAAUAUUAACAGCAAAAAUAUAGUUAGAAGGAUUGAACUCACAACCUCAAGCACAAUUAUAAGCAUUACUACCACCAUGCCAAGACACUUUUCUGUUAAUUUUUCUCUCUUUUGGAUUUUAUUAUUUUUACAUGAUCUAAUUUUCUUCCCAUUGUCUAUUCAUCUUAAUAAUUGUUGCUUUUUAUCUCAUUUUCAAGGCAACAUAUAUUUAUUUUAAGGAUCAAGGUCAAUUCCAUUUGAAAAAUGCAUCUUAUUCCUCAAAUCGACACAAUUGACUUUUCCCUAGGCAAACCGUGUUGACUUUCUCCCCAGGUCAUACCGCGGAUUUGCCAAUUGUUGAUCCACCUUAAAGGUGCACAGUGCACCUGCUCAAAGAAAUUCCUGGAUCCGCCACUGGGAGCAACACAGACUGUUUUGCCCUUUGUGAGAUCAUUGAAUGUUGGAUGGAUCAAAUUCACUGUCAGCACCUGCAUUAGAUUUUUGUUUCAGGCUUAGAUCAUUGUUGACGUAGAUAAAUCAUUCGUGGCACGGAAGGCUGUUUCCUGGUUUUUAAAAUAUCUUUGGCCAUAUGUGAUGUAAUUUUUUUCUCUUCCUCAUUUACUAUUUUGCCUGAUCAAACUGUCAAGGUUGUGAUCUUCCUGACACGCUCCAUCUUAUAUCUCUUAUAGAAGUUUUCUUUCCAUCCUUGAUGUUGAUGUUCGAGUUGCGUGUAUAGUUGUCACCUCAACCCCAUUUAUAUUGUUUUGCUGGCUAGGUGAUUCAACAUGUCAUUUUAUUUAUGUGAAGUCUAGGCAGUGUGAAUGAAUACGAACAUUAGAUUUUCUUAUGCUGCGUGACUGGAGUUUUGCUGCAACAGGGUGAUAUUCUGUCAGCAAAUUUGUAUUGUUCCAAGGAAUCAUCUAUGGAUACAUUACUCGUUAUGUGCAAUUUCUAUUUUUCAAUAUUGCCAUUAAAAACUACUACUUUAUCACCCUCUUACGGUUUUAUGAUACCUGUCCUAAUUCCUGGAAUGCUUAUUAUGAUUUGGAAGUGGGAUUGUGGUCUAGUAUUAUGAUCCGUAUUUAGAAGAUUCAAGCUCUUAUUGUUUGCUUUGUUUAUGUUAAAAUCAGUUUUAGUCCCCCCUCCUUUACAACGGUCAAGGGUUUUGUUGUUUUCUUUCUUUGGGUUAAGAUGUUGUAGGGAUUGCCAUCCAUAAGAGAGUGACUUUUUUUUCAGUGUGUGAUGUUUAGGAAGGUGUCCAUGGUAUUGUUUUUCGCAUGAGGUUUUCUGGCUUUCCAUGGUUAGGAGGUCAAAUUCACUUGACCUACAAUGACCUGGCCUUUGAUGCGAUUCAAUGGAGCUUCCCUAGGCUUGCCUGACAUAUGACAGUGUAUAAGUCAUGCCAGACUCUUGUCUGAUAACAAUGGUUUUGUGGGGCUUUUCAGCUUUUUAUUCAAAGCUUUGUUGUCAAUCUUGAGUUUCAUUUAUUUUCCAAGCUGUUUAAAAAUAUCAAGAAUCCCAGUGGCCUUUCAGCAUCAGUUAAAAAGCUUAGGUUUUGUGUAAUUGUUUGGAAGUUGAGGUACA